AUGUCAACGUAUUCUCCUGCCAACGAUGAGAUACCUGUCGAUGCGGGUGGAAAGGCCGUUCCAGGGCCGCAGUCUGCUUCGGACGGUCCUGACGGUCCAGGCUACAUAGACCCCGAGGCCGAGGCAAGGCUGGUCAGGAAGCUCGACGUGGUCGUCUACCCCGUCUUCUUCGUCAUCUAUGUCAUGUCUUUCCUGGACCGGAUCAACAUUAGCAAUGCCAGAAUUCAGGGGAUGGAUCGGGAUCUCGACCUGAGUGGUAAUCACUUUAAUGUGAUGCUGUUCAUCUACUACGUGCCAUACAUCCUCCUCGAGGUCCCCUCCAACAUGGUGAUCAAGAAGCUACGGCCAUCCCUGUACCUGUCCAGCCUCAUGUUCAUCUGGGGCAUCAUAGACAUGUGCAUGGGGUUCGCGCAGUCGUACGGGGCCAUGGUGGGGCUCCGAUUCCUCCUGGGCAUGUUCGAGGCCGGCGUGCUCCCGGGCAUGGUCUACGUGUCGUCGAUGUACUACAGGCGCCACGAGCUCCAGAAGCGCAUGUCCCUGUUCUUCUGCAGCACCGUGGUGGCGGGCGCCUUCGGCGGGCUCCUGGCGUACGGCAUCUCCGACCUGGGCGGGCGGGCGGGCAUGGCGGCGUGGCGGUGGAUCUUGGUCGUCGAGGGGGCGGCGACGGCGCUGAUGGCCAUCGGGGCUGCCUUCGUCGUCAUCGACUGGCCGGAGCAGACGCGGUACCUGAGCGCCGAGGAGAAGCUGCUGCUGGAGCGCCGCAUGGCCGCCGACCUGGGCGGCCGGUGCCGCAUGGACAGGCUCGACGCCUUCUCGCGGAGGCUCAUCUACACCGACGGCAAGAUCUGGCUGGGCGCCCUGGCGUACAUGGGCGUCGGCGUCCCCGGGCUGUCGGGCACCUUCUUCCUGCCCACCAUCCUGGGCGAGUUCGGCUGGGCGGCCGAGCAGGCCCAGAUCCGCACCAUACCCGUCUACGUCUUCGCCGGAGGCACCAUGGUCUCGUCGGCCUGGCUGUCCGACAGGCUCCGCCACCGCUACGGCUUCUUCGCCCUCGCCACGGCCAUGGUGACGGUCGGCUACGCCAUGCUGCUCUCGUCCGAAGGGAGGUCGCGCGGCUACAAGUUCGGCGCCGUCUUCCCCAUCUUCGGCGGCGCCUACAUGGUGACCCCCAUGUGCCUCGGCUGGCUGCAGAACAACCUCUCCGGCCACUGGAAGCGCUCGUUCGGCGCCUCCGCCCAGGUCACGAUCGGCAACGUUGCCGGCAUCAUCGGCGGGAACAUCUUCCUCGAGCGGGAGGCUCCCGACUUCCCCACCGGAUACGCCCUCGCCCUCGCCUUCAUGUGGUUCGGCUUCGUCUGCGCUUCCGCCAUGGCUCUCCUCAUGUGGAGGGAGAACAAGGCUCGCGAGGCUGGUGAGCGCGAUGACAGGCUCGGCUAUCCCCAGGAUCAGCUUGAGAACAUGGGCGACUGGCAUCCCAGCUUCAGGUUCACC